AUGAUUCUCAAGGAAAAUUUUCGCCAAGGAUUCUAUGACGUCAUCAAACGACAAAGUGUUGUUAUAAUUGUGGCGGUGGAUACAGAUGCACUUUGCACAACAAUGAUUUUAUCGGUAAGAAUUGUUUAUUUAUUUACACGUUUGUUUUGAGAUCGGGAAAAGAAGCGAAAAAAUGAAUAAGUUAGUCUUCUUUUUGAAUGCGGUAAAGUCGCAUGGUCAAAUCGUACAAAAUAAUGAGUAAAAUACCCCAAAACGGUAUGAAAAUCAAUAAAAUCGGGACGUCAACAUGAAAAAUGAGUCGAAGAAAUAGGAAGAUUUGAAAGAGGACUUUUAAUGUGAGAACUGCGAGUUGAGCAACAAAAUAUUGAUUUCUUGGCCAAAUGAAUUGCCAAACUUCGGUUAAAUUGGCGAAUUUCGAUCCGGGUGUUUGAACGCAGAAAUGGUAGAAUUUAUAAAAAACAGUAAUGUAGCUGGCGAGAUCGGUGAUGAAUAAAACCAAGGCUAGAAAUAUUGGACGAGGCUCUUCCAGAUUUUGAUUGCUUUGCGAUUCUUUCAGCUGUCGAAAGCCUUCCAAACUGUCCUGAAAAUAUGGUUUUUAUGGAAAACCUCCAAGUUUUUAUGGGAAAAAACUCACCAAAUACAUAACAAGUGCAAUAAGUGUGAGCAUCAAAACUAGCCAAACUAUUAAACAUCGCUGACCCGGCACAAAACGCAUUUUUGUUGAUUUUUUUAAAUUCUGAAAGAAAAUCGAUAUUUUUUAAUGAAAAGGGAGAGAAAGGAGAGGAAAAUUAUGAGCAAAAGCAGGUGUGGGGCUAAUUAAAAAUACAUAGGAAAGGAGGAGGGGAAAUCGCUUCGAGACCAAAAUAGAAUGAAAUUUAGUGCGCCUUUGAAAGGGCCUCGAAACGAAGAAAUAAUCAUGAAAGUUUAUCACCUGAAUAAACUAGUUUCGACCUUCAAAAGUCACCUAAAUGCUCCGUGAGCGCACGGGGACUAGGAUGUAAACCUAGUCCCCUUGGGCUCACGGAGCAUUUUCUGACUUUUGAAAAUCAAAACUAGUUUAUUCAAGUGAUAAACUUUCAUUUUAGAACAUGAUUAUUUCUGUGUUGCCAGGCAAUUUAAAGUUUGUAUGGUUUUGGAGCGAAAAACCACAGUAUUUCAUCAAACACCAAAGAAAACUCUGAAAUUUUCAGCAUCUUCUAAAAUGCGACGAUGUUCCCUACACAAUCAUUGCCGUCGAUGGUUGGGAAUCAAUCGAACAAAGUUUAUUGGAUCUUCAAGAUCAAAAAACUUCAAUAAUUAUGAUAAAUUGUGGUGCAACUCGUUCACUUUCACGAAUUCAACUACCACCAGCAGCCACAAUUUAUAUAAUCGAUUCUCAUCGACCAUUUCACAUCGAAAACAUGUUCGAAAAUGAUCAGGUUAAUGUGUUGAUUGAUGAACAAGAGUUAGAAGAACUCCGACUUCCCCAACCGAAUGAAGUGAUCAAGGAUGAAUCGGAUGAUGAUACGGAUGAUGAUGAAGAAGAUGAGGAACAAGAAUCAUCUUAUGAGGGAAGAAUGGAAAAGAUUCAGCGGAAAGCGAUAAAAAGAGAGGAGGCGAGAUUGUGGGAGAGAAGACGACAGAAUUUGUUGUGGACUUAUUAUGAAUCGACUUGGAAUGGUGCACCAAGUUGUGUUAGAUUAUUGGAAUUGGCCGCGGAAUUGAAUAGAACAUCGGCUGAAAUGAUGUGGUUUGCGGCGGUUGGAUUGAAUAGUGCUUUUAUUGAUCGAUUGGUGAGGGAUUUGGGGAGGCGCUAUAGUUGGACAUCCACUAAAUGACAUUUUCAUGUUUUUUAAGCAAGUGAUUUGAAAUAUUGGGUUCUAAUGUUAUUCAUAUGAUAGAAUGGUCUAAGACGAACAGAAUCAUAUAAAUUUUUAUGACUUUACGUUAUCCAUAAGUGAUUUAGCGACUUAUCGACAAAAUAUCGACUAAACCUCGCUAAAUCCCUUAUGGAUAACGUAAACUUAUCAAAAUUUAUAUCAUUCUGUUCGUCUUAGACCAUUCUAUCAUAUGAAUAACAUUAGAACCCAAUAUUUCAACUCACUUGCUUAAAAAACCUGAACAUGUCAUUUAGUCGAUGCCCAACUAUAAGAGGGGCUAGAUUUGGCUUUUGUUGAAAACUCUGUGAUUUUCAAGCUUCUUUAUCAAAACUUCGAAUAGGAAAUUUUAAAUAAAGCCGAAAAAUUGCUAUAUUUAGCCUACGAAUUUCGUUUAGAAACUUGAAACUCAAUGAAAUGCAGAAUUUAUAUCUCGAACUCAUCGGAAAUACAAUUUUUUUGGAUUCUGAGCCGAAAUUUCAUAAAAAUUCAAAUUUUCUGCAUUUUUCUUGAAAAAUUCCACAGCAGUUUUCCGCAGGAUUUUAAAAUUUCAAAAUUUAUUGAAAAAAGGAAUUUCUAGUUUUAAACUUCCAGGAUCAUGAAGAUCUCAAGUUAGCCUAACUCAGAGAACUUUUUAGAUCUCAAUCGAAAUGUACACCUCAAUUUGUAUCGAUCGAAUGCGACCAUUUAUCCACAAAUUCUCGCCGAGAAAUAUUGUGAAUCAAGGAAAACAAGACGAUCAAUUACACAUCUCAUUUGGAAAAGAGUGAGUUAGCCGAAAUCCUGGAUUCGCUAGAAUAUCGUUUUCAGACUCCCCCUUGCUUUAUAUUCACAUUGGGAUUUGUAUAGUGCAAUGAUGAUUGACGAGUAUUUUUCGAUUAAAACCAAAAAUUGGACACAAAGAGGAGAUGUGAAUAUACGACAUUUAUUGGCUUCGCUUGGGUGAGUUAGCCUAACUUUUAUCUCGACAAAAAAUGAAGACGAAUAAUUUCAGCAUCACUUUGGCUGAAACGCGCCAGAAAUUCGAGGCUCUAUCAACCGAGCAACGAAAUGUGGUGACAGAUAUUUUGGAGAAGGAAAUUGAUUCGUCUUUCGCCACAUUUUUCGCGCAUUUGGGAUAUUGUGCGAAAUUGAGUGCGGCUGAUUUGGCGAGAGGAAUUUCGGUGAGAAUGGAAAUGCCGAAGACGAAAAAGGUAUGGGGAUUUGGGAAAAAUUACUAGGAUUUCGGAAAAAUUGGAAGCCUGAGUAAGCCUGAGUAGGCCCGAAAAAGAGAUUGAAUCAAGCCAAAAAAUUUCCAGUCAAUGGAUCGCUUCAUGUGCGGAACCCAACUCCUAAGAAGCUCAAUUUCCGGCGCCAAAUCACAUCGUUUCAACAUUCAACAAACCUUCGAAACCGUAUGCCAACGAACACUUUUGGUAUCGUGGAAAACGAUGGCCGCCGCAAUUAAUCAAUCAGAAAUCAUACCAAAUGGACCGUAUUAUCUAUUUUCGUGCACGAGACCGAUUGGUAAGUAUAGUUGGACAUCGACUGAAUGGCAAUUUCAGGUUUUUUAAGCAAGUUAGUUGAAAUAUUGGGUUCUAACUUUAUUCACAUGAUAGAAUGGUCGAAGACGAACAUAAUGAUAUAAAUUUUGAUGACUUUACGUUAUCCAUAAGUGAUUUAGCGGCUUAUCGACUAAACGUCGCUAAAUCCCUUAUGGAUUACGUAAAGUCAUCAAAAUUUAUAUCAAUCUGUUCGUCUUAGACCAUUCUAUCAUAUGAAUAACAUUAAAACCCAAUAUUUCAACUAAUUUGCUUAAAAAACAUGAAAAUGUCAUUUAGUCGAUGUCCAACCGGACGAAAAUGUAGUUUUUUCUAAUAUUUUCAGACGAGGAAAUGAUCGAAUCACGACAUUUUCUGUACAAUACGACGAAUUUCAUGUUGCGAUCUUUUGCAUCGAUGAAAAAGGGACGAACCGCAAAACCACUUAUCGCAAUGUUCCCAUUGACUGCGGAAAAACAGGGAUGGCUUGUGGUCACGGGAGUUAUGCCGUUGGCUACAGUUUAUGAGGAUAGUUUAUUGAAAACGUGAGUUUUUUGAAGGGGAAAAUGGGAAAUUCCGAAAUUCCGGAUUUUCAGAUGCAUUGGCCGGGCUUUUGAACGUGUCAAAAAAAUGGCGCCGAAAUUACGAAUCACCAAUGAUACCUUCGAUUCGGAUGGUGAGUUAGCCUAACUUUUCCCCAUCUAAUUAAAAUAAUUUUGAUUUACAGUUAUCCAACUAAAAUCCGAAGAUCGAACAAAGUUCAUAGACUGUCUGCAGGCGAUUUUUGAAGGAUCAAACUAA